CGCAGGAGGGCGGGGCGGGAGCCGAGCGGGGAGAAGGGAGCCAGCGAGCAGGCGGCAGGCAGGCACGGUCUGCGCGAGGAGCAGGCGAGCGGGAAGACGAGACGCAGCCACCUUCCUCACCAGCCAGCCCGCCGCGGUUUGUUCCCUUCCUCGGGAGUGCGCCAAUGCCUGGUCCGACCCAAACCCUGUCCCCAAAUGGCGAGAACAACAACGACAUCAUCCAGGAUAACGGGACCAUCAUUCCUUUCCGGAAGCACACAGUGCGCGGGGAGCGUUCCUACAGUUGGGGAAUGGCGGUCAAUGUGUAUUCUACCUCGAUAACCCAAGAGACUAUGAGCAGACAUGAUAUCAUCGCAUGGGUUAAUGACAUAGUGUCUUUAAACUACACAAAAGUGGAACAGCUUUGUUCAGGAGCUGCUUAUUGCCAGUUCAUGGACAUGCUCUUUCCAGGCUGCAUUAGUUUGAAGAAAGUAAAAUUUCAAGCAAAGUUGGAGCAUGAGUAUAUUCACAAUUUUAAACUUCUGCAAGCAUCAUUUAAGCGAAUGAAUGUUGAUAAGGUGAUCCCAGUGGAGAAGCUGGUGAAAGGGCGUUUCCAGGACAACCUGGAUUUCAUUCAGUGGUUUAAGAAAUUCUAUGAUGCUAACUACGAUGGGAAGGAAUAUGACCCUGUGGAAGCACGGCAAGGGCAAGAUGCAAUUCCUCCCCCCGACCCAGGCGAACAGAUCUUCAACCUGCCGAAAAAGUCUCACCAUGCAAACUCCCCCACCGCAGGUGCGGCUAAAUCAAGUCCAGCGUCUAAGCCAGGAUCCACACCUUCUCGUCCCUCAUCAGCCAAAAGGGCUUCGUCCAGCAGCUCAGCAUCCAAAUCUGAUAAAGAUUUAGAAACACAGGUCAUACAGCUUAAUGAACAGGUACAUUCAUUAAAACUUGCCCUCGAAGGUGUGGAAAAGGAGAGAGAUUUCUACUUUGGCAAAUUGAGAGAGAUUGAGCUACUCUGCCAAGAACACGGGCAGGAAAAUGAUGACCUCGUGCAGCGACUAAUGGAAGUCCUCUAUGCUUCGGAAGAACACGAGGGCCACCCGGAGGAGCCCGAGGCGGAGGAGCAAGUCCACGACCGGCAGCCCCAGCAGCCGGAAGAGUACUGAAGCGUCCUGGCCGCUCGCGCCGUCAGCUGUGCGUGGGAACUUUUCUUCUGGAGAGACGUGUGGCCUCAAGCUCAGCCGAAACCAGUCGUUCCCAGUCUGCCGUUAACAUCAACGCACUGUUGCAUCCGCCAGCCACCGCGCUCGGUUCCCAUUUCCUUUGCCAAGACCCAUUAGCAGCCGGCCGUCGGGCGGCCUACCUGAGAGAUCACAGGGUCACGUCCCUUCUACUUCACCACUUGGCUGCUUGAGAUUGAUUCUGCUCUUUUCAUUUCUUUCCAGAACAACUCCCCCCUUCCCGACACCACCCCCCCUUUUUAUCCUGGUGUGAAACAAUGGUAAUUUGAUAUAUGGUAUUUAUAUUGGCAUUUCUCAACCAGUGUCACUAGAUGUCACACAUUCGUGGUGCUUUGAUGUUUGCAAGUCUAACCUCUGAAGGUAAAUUUGGUCAAAUAAAUUGGAACAAAGGGAAAGAGAUACUUGAUAUGAAAGCCAUAAGGACAGUGACUUGUUUUAUAGGGAAAAAAAAAUGGAAUCACAACUAGGACUUCAGGGCCCAGCAGUAUUUCUCCCUGAGCAUGGUAGACAGCUAGUUAGUUUCGAAAGACAUUCAGUCAAGGACAACACCGUCUCCACUUCGCCCUUCGACUGCUUGUCCCUCCCCUCUCACACCCAGGUUCUCAUGCUCUUUUCUUUCUCAGGGUCCUCUUUGGUGGGCAGCCACAGUCCCCAAAAGCUGUCAUCAAUUACCUACAGUCCAGAGGGGGUCUGCAUCGGUGCAGGUCCUCCUGCCUCUCUCUGGCUUUCAGCCCAAAGCCUGUCCUCCGCACUAGGGGACUCCUCCUCCAGAAUGACUUCAGGGUGUGCGGCCCUGAGGGGCAGGGCUCUGCGUCGUGCUGCACGCUCGCUGGAAGUGAAGACCUUCUUACUAGGAGCAUCAUUCCAAGGGAGACUCCUGAGUCUGAAGUCUGGUGUUGACACUGGAAUGACAGCACAGAAAAAAAUCCCUGACUCCCCGUACCUUCUGGAAUAAGGAAUUUCCCCUCGUUAAUACUACGGCCCUCCUUGUCAUUGACCUUCGAUAACCGUGGCAAUUCAUAAAUAGAGGAAACAUUAAUGAAUUAAAAGCAUUCCUUAUUUUUUUAACUAAUAUUUGCACAUUUUCUUAGUAUCUUUCCAACUCUUUGCCUCUUUUAUUCCUUUGACAGAUGGUAUCCCUUCCUGGAUCAUUCAUUUCACUUGGUUACCUAACUUAGCAGGUGCAGCAACAACAACCAACAAGUGUGCCCGCCCCACUUGCCUCUUAACUGAAAAGCUUCAAAUAAAUUUCUGAAAUAUGUAUCCUAAAGCUUUGACAUUUAUUAAUUGAUGAAAUACUAAUUCUCAAUUCUAGCAUCGGAGCUUUCCACCAAAAGAAGUCUUCUCAAAAUCUUUUGCAGCAAAGUGGCAUUUGAGUUACAGGUGAACAAGAUGGCUUGUAUUUUUGAGGUUAUUCCAACACGCUGUGCGUAACUGGACAGACGUUCUGUGGUGUUCGGUUUCCCUUUCUUCUCUCUCGCGCCUGCUCUGCACGGCGGCGACCCCUCUCUCUCUGGCUCCCGGCAGUGACAUCCUCCCGCACUUGCGCACGGAUAGUGGUUGUGCUAUGCUCGGCCUCGUGCUCAGCGGUGGGCUCCCUCCCAGCCGUCUGUACGGACCUUCCUUUUGGAAAAAUAGCUCUUGCAAAGAGGGACAAUGAAUAAUUCCACGCGGAUGAUCCGUGGGGGGUUCCUCGGCAGGGCCCGCUCAGGAACACCCAGUGCCAGGUGGAGGGCGGCCUGGGCGUGGGGGGGAUGGCGGCGCAAGUUGCCUAAGCCUCACGGGCACCAGCCGCUCUGUCUCGCCCCCAAAGCCCCAGCCUUGUCAGCUAUGAAAACCUGUUGCCCCGGUGGUCACACCUGAUUCUCCAUCCCCGAGUCUUAGCGCCAGCUAUUCACGGAUUUAGCAAAGAGCUCCGUGUUCCUCCUUCUGUCCGCAUCUGACCCCUCUUCCGUCAUGCCGGGUCGCAUGUGACAUCACCGAUGCUUUGGGGAAUCUUGAACAGCUAGGGUUCUCCGUCAUCUUCGGCUGCACCCCAGCUUCGGUGCAGACCACCUCCUUUCCUGGGGCUGCUCCUUUCUCCCCGAGGGCUGUACCCUGUCGUCCUCCCAUCUGGGCGGAGAAGCGUCCUGUUGUGGGCUCGCCCGCCCUCUAAAGCCAGACUUCAUUGUUAGCCCCGCGGCCAUGGCUGGUGACAGCACUUCCGCUGCUCGGGUCAGAUAGGAAGUGAUUGAAGCAGGGGGCACAGAGAGGGCCCGUCUUCUUUCUAAGCAGAAAAGCAGAAAAAGGAAAGACAAUGACAAACAGCUUGUUGAGCAGAGAGAAGUAAACUCCAGAAGGGAACCAAGAACUCCUCCCUUCCCUGGUGAGUAUUUCCAUUAUUCUGUUAAGGUUUGAUAUGCAUUCAGAUUACUUUUACUAAAUAGUACACCAUAAAGCUUUUGUUAUAUAUUCAAUGUAAACUGAAAGGAAUGUAAACAUAUGUAUUGUUAAUUAUAAAUAGAGAUAAGUAAUGACAUCAUAGAUGAAAAAGUCUUAUUCAGAUGUAUCACAUUCAUUUUACAUUACCCUAUUGUCGCAUGGUAGAAUAGUUUUUUUGUCUCUGAAUAUGUGAAUAACUUGACUUGCGUUUAUCUUUUUACAUAUUUAAUAAAAAAAAG